AUGUUAAAGACGGAUUCACUUGAUUUCCACAGUUAUCUACCUCCUUAUCGGUCCUUAAUAAACCCUAAUGCUAGAUAUGACUAUCGAACUCAUAGCCUUAUCCCAUUGACCCAAAAUGAUUUGAACUUAUUACGGAUUGCUUUCCAAAAGAAGAAGGAAGCACCACCAUCUGCUUUCAAAAUGAAGUAUAAAUCCCUAUUGAGUGAUGUGAGUCGAACGAUUUCAAUGAGAUUAAGUAACUCGAAUUUAUUAUCGUCUUCAAGUGCUAAUAAUAACAAUGUGCUACUAUCACCACCACCAUCAUCAAGUUCAACUUUGUCAACACCCUGUGGUAAUAUUCUAAAUCGCGCAGGUACAACAUCCUCCAAUAUCAGUAAAAUAAAUAAUUUACUGCAGAACCAAACUCAAAAUCAAUUGCCCUUAUUUCCUGCCGAAUUACACAUUAAGAACCUCCCUGUUGAAAUUCUAGAUUAUAUUUUUUAUUUGGUUGAUGAUAACUUGGAUUACAAGAGUUGCAUGUACACAUGUAAACUAUUCUAUUUUCUAGCAAAACCCUAUUACUAUGAAAACUUGGUGUUUACAUCAACAUAUCGAUUUGCUCAGUUUGUUACUUAUUUGAGGGUAAAUUCAGAAGUGGGACAGUAUGUCCAGUCAAUUGACUUGUCUGGCAUCAAGCCAGGUUAUGAUGAGGAUGAACAAGAGGAAGGACAAGAAGAAAAUGCUGAAAAUGGGGAAGAAGAAAAUGGAGGUGGGGCUAGAGACCCUCAAUAUUUAUUGGGAGAAAUUGCUGAUAAUCCACAUCAUGAAAGAGUGGAUCAAUUUCCUCGAGGUAAAAUUUUGGCUGGUUGGCGAGAUUGGAAAUUUAAGAAUAAUCCAUUAUAUACUAUUCACCCUUCACCUUCAUUGACAAAAAUAGCAUCAAAUUCCCAGUUUCUGAAUGUUUCCAGUAAAUCAUCUCGAUCAACAAGCUCGAAAUCAUCUUCUUCCACAACCAAGAAGUUUGUGAAACCAUUUAGAUAUUUCAAAUCAAGAAAAAGAAAAAUGUCUUACAGUGGGACUACCAAACUUGAAAGAAAAUCACCAAGGUUGGAACAACUUCAAUUGGAUCAAUACUCGUCAAAUUGGAACAAAAGGGUCAACCUGCAUCCAUUGAUUAACAAAUUUUUACUUCACUAUUCAACGUCCAAAGAUUUACCCAUAGGCUAUAUCUUACAUAUGAUCAAUCUUUGUCCAAAUAUUGUCAGUCUCAAUUUGGGAAAUUUGUCCCUUUCUACUGAUUACGAAAUUUCACGUUCCACUAUUCACAAGUACCAGAAUUUUGAUUUGAUUAACAAUUAUCCAAAAGAUUUGAUUUACAAAGUUGACAACAUUAUGAGAUUAAAUGAUGUUGAUGAUGUUUAUUCAAUUGAUGGGAGUAUAUUGCGUUUUGGUAAUAUCAAUAGUGGUAGUAGUGGCAGCAAUUGGGAAAGAAAUGGCAGUAGUAGCAACAACCGAAUUUUGUUCAAGUCAAAUCAAUCAAUUGCUUCCACUGCAUCGUCAGUAUAUUCGGUUACAACAUUUUCAAAACCAAUUAGAAAAUACAAUAGCUUAUUGCCCCCAUUACCUCAAACUGUUGCUGAUAUAUCUUAUUUGAACAAAGGAGAUGGUAAGGUGUAUCUUUCUGAUUUGAAUUUGAAAGAAAUCAAUAGUGCAUAUUUGAAGAAGAUCAAUGAAGAUGAAAUUUUGUCUGCUAUUAUAAAUGUUCAUGGUAAAAGAUUAAUUGAAUAUGAUACCCUGCUUUAUCAAAUUCCUAAACCAUUGAAUGUUGAUAUCGCUGGUACAUUGAAAUAUAUUAAUUUGUCGUCAAUGAUUUGGUUAAAUCGUAAAUUGAUUGAAAAGUUUUUGACUAGGUUAUUAACGAAAAAGUCGCCAGAAUUGGAUAUGUAUGGUAUUUGUUACACCGAUGAGUUCUUUGAUAGUGACGAGCAAGAAUCUGACGACGACUAUGAGGACUCGGAUGACGAGGAGCAAAGACAAUGUCCAAUCAUUUACAAACAGAAUUUGGUUAUUGAUUUCACCGAUUCUGGAAUGUAUAAGAGUUUACCGUGGGCAAAGAGAAUAGAUCUCAAUAGUUUUGAAGGGUGUCAAUUGGCAAACAAGAUUAUUAACAAUGAUUUGAUGACACCACAAGAGCAGGCUCUAAGACGUGAACGAAGAAGAAGAGGCGCUAUUGCCGCAAACUAUUUAGCUUAA